AUGUUUCGUGUGGAAUUACUCGCAAACUCCUCCUCCCACGCAACCCCAGGCUACACUUAUGUCGCCGACAGGGGGUUCGACCGAGCCAAAGCCGCCAUGGCUCCUGCCCUAGGCCGCAAACGCGGAAUUCACAACGCUGGCAAAGCCGGCGACAUCUCCUCGCGACGUGCAAAUGCCAUCAUCCGGCACUUGGCCGAACUAGACCGCGAGAAUCAGCGCGACGUGCAAAUCGCCGUCCCCGCCAGACCCGCCAAAGAAGCAGGCGCUCGCGUCUCCCGGACAAAGACCACCUCGAACGUGCGCCGUAUCCUCGUCUCGCAGAAGACAUUUCGGAAUCACCUUGACGAUGAGGAAGCUGCUAUCGCUGCGGGAGGCGGUGGUUUGAGUAUACCAGUUGGUGCUGCGGCGGUUGGGCCUGCGGUUCCGUCGCGAGCAAAAGCUGCUUUGGUUGCUGCCGCGACACGCCGAAGUUCGACGCCAGCUUCGACCGCUGCGGCACGGAAGAAACGCACUUCGACAGUCGCUACUACCACUACUACCUCCACGCCUACUCCUGCGCCUUCACAAGCUGAGAAUACGGACGCCGAAGCGGAGGAGGAUACCGAGGAGCGGAAACACAUACUCAUUAAGACGGAGCAUGAUAAUGACCCGCUUCUACGAUCAUACGCUCCGACAAUGCCGUCAGAACGUAUCAUGGACCACCUUCUGGCGGAGCCGGCUUUAUCGUAUAAUGCUUCCCGCGCCGGACCUCCGAUCUCGACACAUUUGCCCCGUGCUUUUUGCUGCAUGUGUGGAUAUUGGGGCAAGAUUCGGUGCAAGAGGUGUCAUUUGCGAACUUGUGGGUUGGAUUGUUACAAGAUUCAUGAGGAUUCGAGGUGCGGUGCCUUCUUCUAA